CUCAAGCUCCGAGUCUCCUACAAGUUACAACUCUCCUGCCAGCGUCCAGCCUUAGUGCCCACUCCUUUAAUAUAUUUAGAGUCAUGUCGCACUCGUCGCCAGUCGACCUCCACAUCAGAGAGCCUUCAUCUUCGACGCAGAGCCUGAGCCCAAAGAUCAAACCGCCACCGAAGAAAUCAUCCCUCAAUGUACAAUUUACCUAUAGUCCCAGCGACGAUGGCACCGACGAGAAUCUCCUCCUAUUCCUGCACGGUCUAGGCGAUACUCUCGCGCCAUUCAGUAACCUCGCCAAGUCCCUCAAGCUCCCGCAGACCGCGACGCUCGUCCUCCAAGCGCCCCUCCAAAUUCCCUUACUCGACACACCCGCUUUCCAAUGGUACCCCUCCUUUGACCCGCUUACUGGCGACCUCCUGCCCAACCCGAAGCCGACGCCCGCAUUGGAGCUGCUGGAUAAGGUGCUCGGCGUGCUCACGGCGGAGUGUAAGUGGCAGGCGGGGCGGAUCCACCUGUUCGGUUUUGGGCAGGGCGGAAGCGUAGGGCUGGAGGGCGCGCUGAGGUGGUGGAAGGAGAAGAAGGUCGCGCUAGCGUCCGUCGUGUCGAUUUCGGGCCCGCUCCUCUCUUUCCCUUCCUCAUCGUCCGCAAAGUGCCCCACCCCUGUCCUAUACUUCCAUCGCCCCCAGCCAUUCUCGCCGCCUUCGAAGGACGUCAACAAUCUGAGUAAGGCGUUCUCGUUCGUGAAGGAGCUGCAGCACGCACCGGUGGGGGCGGAGGGCGGCGAGGCGAUGCCGCGCAAUAGGGACGAGUGGGAGGGGGUUAUGCGAUUCUGGAGCGAGAGGUUGUCAAGGAGGCAGUUUGGGGAGGGCGAAGCGGGGGUGUACGAGGUGCUCAGCGGGAUGGGCGGAGCGAAAUACGACAGCCAUAUCGAUACGGCGCGGCUGGGAGGAAGUAUGCUGUGCGCCGUGCUGCCGUGUUUACGCAUAACUCGCUCAAAUGCUACAGACUCGUCGGAAUCGUGA